CAGAGGGGAAGAAAGGCACGAAAGACCGCCUGCGCUACGGGCAGCUCACUGGGCCAAACUACUGGCGCUCGCGCUUUCCCAGGGGCUGGACGGGGCAGAGAGGAGCCCUCGCCAUGCCCCGUUACGCCCAGCUGGUGAUGGGGCCGGCGGGGAGCGGGAAGAGCACUUACUGCUCCACCAUGGUCCAGCACUGCGAAGCACUGAAUCGCUCAGUCCAAGUCGUUAACUUGGAUCCUGCUGCCGAACAUUUUGACUACGAUGUCAUGGCAGACAUUCGAGAGUUAAUAGAGGUGGAUGACGUCAUGGAAGACGAUUCUCUGAGGUUUGGCCCCAAUGGUGGCUUGGUUUUCUGCAUGGAAUACUUUGCAAAUAACUUUGAUUGGCUGGAGGGAUGCCUUGGCCAUGUAGAAGACGAUUACAUACUUUUCGAUUGCCCAGGCCAGAUCGAGCUGUACACCCAUUUGCCAGUGAUGAAGCAGCUUGUAGAACAGCUUCAACAAUGGGAAUUCCGCGUCUGUGGAGUUUUCCUUGUGGAUUCUCAAUUUAUGGUGGAAUCUUUUAAGUUUAUCUCUGGCGUCAUGGCGGCCCUCAGUGCGAUGGUGUCUUUAGAGAUCCCCCAAGUCAACGUCAUGACCAAGAUGGACUUGCUGAGCAAGAAAGCCAAAGUAGAAAUUGAAAAGUAUUUGGACCCUGAUAUGUAUUCCAUGCUAGAAGAUUCAUCUGGUUUGCUCCGAAGCAAAAAGUUCGAGAAGCUGACGAAGGCCAUCUGUGGACUGAUCGACGAUUACAGCAUGGUUCGCUUCCUACCUUUUGAUCGUUCUGACGAGGAAAGCAUCAAUAUUGUGCUACAACACAUUGACUUUUCUAUUCAGUAUGGAGAGGACCUCGAGUUUAAAGAGCCAAAGGAAACAGAGGAAGGCAGACCUUCUGCUUUCGAUGAAUUCUUCCAAGAGAGAGUGGAUGAAUGAAGACUCCUGGCUAAUCUUAACAAGACUCUCUUCAAGUUUUCUGCAUCUUGUAUUUUAAAAUAGAUUUUGGAAUGGCCCCGGGGGCUUUUCCCCCUUAAGUGCUUCAUGUAUAUAAGUGUACAGUUGCAAUGUCAAACGAGAUUUUCUUAGUUUAUUCUUUGAAGAACCUUGUUACAUUUCAAAGGGGAGAAAUAAAUUAUUUGUGUUCUUA